AUGAAAGCUGCGAAAGUGGCGAAAGCCCUUGAAGCUAAAAAGAAAGUAGUCAAAGGACAGUUCAAUACUCGUAAAAAGAAGGUGCGAACGUCUGUUCAUUUUUAUCGGCCAAGAACGUUAAGAAAGCCACGUACACCGAAAUAUCCACGAAAAUCUGUUCCAAAACGCAAUAAAAUGGAUUCAUAUGCUAUUAUUAAGCAUCCAUUAACCACUGAAUCGGCGAUGAAAAAGAUUGAAGAUACAAAUACGCUUGUCUUUAUUGUUGAUGUACAUGCGAAUAAACCUCAAAUAAAAGCAGCCGUAAAAAAACUUUAUAACAUAGAUGUUCAUAAGGUGAAUACGCUGAUAACACCAAAUCAUGUGAAAAAAGCAUACGUAAGGUUAGCUGCUGAUUACGACGCUCUCGAUAUUGCAAAUAAAAUUGGAAUCAUAUAA